AUGAUUCACAGCCGUACUCUCCCACGUCUUUGCCAAACGAGAAACCAAGGCUUUAUAAUCCUUCGUCGCACUACGUUCUCCUCCUCAUGCAACACUUCGAAUUCAAUUUUUCGGCCGAUCACUGUGAAGAACUCGGGCUCGAUCGCACGCGACAUUCUGGCGGCGGAACGGACCUUUCUGGCCUGGGCCCGGACGGGAUUAGGUUUCGUCGGCGCCGGAUCGGCGCUCUUUGGCGCAUACCACGAUCGUCCAACGCCGCAAGCCGAGAUUGUCCCGGCCUGUCUCGUAUUAUUGCUAAAUGGUACCUUCUUACUUGGCUUUGCCACUCGUCGGUAUCUCAAUGUCGUAGAAGCGAUUCAAAAGGGGUCUUUUCCUGUCCUUGUCGGAGGGACAUUGAUGGCAGUUGCAAUAACAGCGAUUGGCACCUUAGCUUCGCUGGGACUUGUGGCUCGGGCCGAGCAAAAGACUCAUGGGAUGAAUAUCUUGAAGGACGACAGGGAAUCCAAUUGA